CCCGUAAACAUGUAAAUCAACUAUUUUCGGAUUUUUCAAUUUAAUUUAUCUAACCGGCGUCAUCUGUAGAUUUCAUCAACGUUCGUAAGCCGCCUCAAGAUGCCCUCUGUGUCUCUGCUUCGGCCGCUUAACCCUGUUUUUCUAACCAUUCGGAUGAGUCCAUGUAAUCCCCCCGUCCACCGCGUCGUCUUCCUCCGCUUUGGAGCUCCAUUACCGCCCAUCGGGACCGCCCCACCGCGCCCAGCGAUGGCGUCUGGCAUCAGACGGAGACGGCUAGGGUAAGACUUGGGGUUUCGGAGAGGAUUUCGAGGUGUUGGGUUCGAGGAUGGAGCGAGGUUCUCAAGAUUCUUCCUAAAGCAGAUACUUGAGCUUCUUCUAGGAGAAAAAAAGGUGUGAACUUAUGGAAAAACAUUAAUUUACUACAACUCUAGAAGGUCUUCUCUUCUCAGGAAGGAGCUCUGUUCUAAGAUUGCUUCAUCAAAAAAUAAGAAUUCUUGUGACAUUUCCUGCAAUGAGAAUUGCAAACUCAAAGCGAGAAUGAGGAAGAAGAAUAUUCCCAAUGGCAAGCCAGGGGAAAGUCUGCAGAGAAUAUCUGAUAGCAGUGCUGCUAAGGGUCGGUGUUCCUUACAGUUUCUAGGCAAUAACACUUCUUGUAUUUGUCAUAAAGGGAAUAGGAAGAUUGCAGCUGGUGAUCGUGUAAUCAAACUGGACAAAAGGAAAAGGCGGAAGAGGAAGAAAAACAAUAUAGAGUAUGAUGAAGUUUCUCGUCUGCAAAGAAGAGCAAGGUAUUUGCUCAUCAAAAUGAAACUGGAGCAGAAUCUUAUCGAUGCAUACUCUGGAGAUGGCUGGAAUGGUCAUAGUCGAGAAAAAAUCAAGCCAGAGAAUGAGUUGCAAAGAGCUAAGAAGCAGAUAUUGAAAUGUAAACUUGGAAUCCGUGAUGCAAUUCAUCAGCUUGAUUUGCUUAGCUCUAUAGGAAGCAUUGAGGAUUCUGUAAUGCAUCCAGAUGGUUCUGUUUUCCAUGAAUGUAUUUUUUGUGCAAAAUGCAGAUCUCGUGAAGCUUUUCCAGAUAAUGACAUCAUACUAUGUGAUGGGACCUGCAACUGUGGUUUUCAUCAGAAAUGUUUGGAGCCUCCACUGGAAAAUAUUCCUCCUGGAGACCAAGUAUGGCUUUGCAAAUUUUGUGAGUGUAAAACGGAAAUUCUAGAAGCUGUUAAUGCGCAUCUAGGCACUUGCUUUAGUGCAAACAGUAGAUGGGAGGACAUCUUCAAGGAAGCAACUACCGACCCUGAUGUUGAAAACACAUAUCUUAAUCCUGCUGAAGAUUGGCCAUCUGAGGAUUCUGAAGAUGAAGAUUACAAUCCUGAGAAAAAUGUGAAUAGUGCUAGCAGAACAGGCAUAGCGGAAAACAUGACUGGUGAUUCUAGUAGUUCAAGCAGCCUAUUUUGUUCUUCUGACGGAGCUAUGUCAUGUUCUGAAUCAAUUCAUACUUAUAGCAAUGGGAAAUCUUGUGAUGUUGAACACAAAGAGGGGAACGAGGCUAACUUUGUUGAUUCUAUCAUCAAUGCUGAAUACGGAGAAACUAAUGACUGCGAGAUCAUGAGUUACCAAAGGCAGCGAAGAGAUGUUGACUAUAAAAAACUUCAUGAUGAUAUGUUUGGGAAGGAUCUGGCUGACAAUGAACACCAAAGUGAAGAUGAAGACUGGUGUCCCCAUAGGAGCACGAGAAGAAGGAUAAAAUCAACCACCGGAACUACGUUGGCUAAGUGUGUGAAUGAGGAUGGAUGUGCAGAUAUAGUAUUGACCGAGAAAAUAUCACAUGAGAAGAAACCACUUUUCAGGAUUCCUCUCAAUGCAGUUGAGAAGCUUCGCCAGGUUUUUGCUGAGAAUGAACUUCCUUCAAGGACUGUCAAGGAAAAUCUCUCAAAACAGUUGGGUAUUUCAUCCGAGAAGGUGAGCAAGUGGUUUAAAAAUGCAAGAUACGCUGCUCUUAAAAUGAGAAAGGCAGGAAUCACCAAAUCACAUCAUGUUAAUACCAUCACUAAAAGAUCAAGAGUAAGUGCUGGAAAGGCUGGAAGCUUCGAUGAAGUUGCAUCAGUUGACAAUUCUAUUUUGCUACCCUUGUCAUCCAUCAUUCAUGUAGGCAGAAAUCUGAGAAAGAUUCUCCAGAAAAAGAAUAAAAAAUCAAUGAACAUCCCUUUGAGAAUGCACCUUAAAACAACAGCCAAUACAGACUCCACAAAAGAAUUUCAGAAUCUCGGAACCAGUCUUACUGCAAACCAAUGCCCCUCCAUUUCUAUCCAUAGGAAUUUGUCAAAGGAGGUGAGCACAUCAUUGACCAACACCAUGAUACUUAAGAAAGAAGUAAGUGGUCUAAGAAGAAAGUUUACUCUGGGGAGAACAUUCAGAGCCAAGAGAAGGAAUGUAUUUCAGAUAGAUGAGAUGAUUGAUAGUGAGCAGCUCUACGUGGCUGAGAUUGAAAGAUUGUGUAGUCUUGAAAAUAGGCUUAGGAACUUGAAGAAUGCAUUGCUAUUAUGCGAAUAUAAUGAUUAUGAAUCAGUCAAAACUCAUUCAACUGAAGAAAAUGUGACCUAUGUUCCUGUAGCUGAGGUAAAGGAACAGGCAUUUAUCUGAAGGUCAUCUGAUGAAAGUUAUUUUAUUGCACUAUCUUUGGAACUAUGAUAGUUAUCGUUAUUCGGAAUCUAUAGUAUUAAUGCAGGCUGUUGAGCUAACAAGUAUUGGUAAAAUUGUACAAAAACUUUGCUUUAUUUAAUGAUUAUAACUCUUAAUUUUUUUGGGACUCCUA